AUGGCGAGGGUCAAACAUCGGUCUAUAGUUUUGACUAUCAGCUCGCUUGUCACGGUGAUAACUACAACCCUCCUGGCAUUAGCGAUCUACGUGAAUAUCGCACGCCCUGUUGUCGGCAAAGUCUCACAUCCUGGAUUUCCAGCAGUCAACGUUGAAGCAGCCCGAUGGAAUAUCGCCUGCACUGUCUUAGGGACAGCCGUGGGAAUAUUAGUGACGGCAGGCCUUGCUUACGAUGAUGGAUCACUGACACGAGAAGCAAUACUGUCUAAAGAAGGUGUUGCCCCUUUCUAUCUCCGUCCCUUGACAAUAAUGCGUGGAAUGGAUCAAAUCAGGCAUGGCUGGUCUCAUGUCACCCGUAUGAUCCUCAUUUGUCUCACAAUCGUGGCUGCGCUGUUUACAACAGCGACCGUUGCAAUAUUUGGCGUUCAUAAUGUGGAGCAAUCUUUGUCAAAUCCAUCGGCUAGCUGGCCAUUGGCAACGAUCCUCGACAUCGAAGCCGAUGGCAUGUACUCUUCAGCCGAGCUUGUGAAAACGCCCUAUGAUCUCAAUGCUCUGGAUGCCUUUUUGUUCAGAAUUGCGUAUAUUCAGGGGCUCAAUACGUCAAAGCGGCACGAAUCGGAGUACCCGAAGUAUCUUUCGGCCUGGUUACCGGAAACUGGACAGCUUGGAGAUACACUAUAUCCAACUCUUCGCACAGGUGGCAUUGGCUUGAAUACGUCCUCAUAUAUUGACUACACCGGAAGACCCAGGGAGGGGUUCGAUGUUCCCGCGAUAUAUACGUUCAAUAAACUACAUGGCACAGUAUUCGGAACUCAUGUCAACGUCAAAUGCACUGAAGCGCCGCAUUUGCUCAAGACGGAGCUAGUCUCUGCGAACGAUUAUGCUUUGAAUACGUGGUACUAUCAAAUAACCACUCAGAAGGGGGCGAAGCUCGAAUUUCUUGCUGAUCUUGACAUUCUGAAAAUCGGAUCUGCUCUGGUCAAUUACAACGGUUUGCCCGUUCUUACGAUAGCAAUACCGUAUGACUCGAAGAAAGCUUUCGUCACCGAAUGUACCUACUCAGGCAAUGACUUCGCUGCCUCUGUGUCACUUGACUCACGAGUAUCUCCAUUGAAAGUCUUGGGUGAGACAAGAAAUGGAGCUUCCAUUAAUAAAGAUACCAAGUGGAUUCUUGCAAACUCGAUGAACAAUCUGCUUUCUUUGCAAGCAGGUGGGAGUCUUACUCGUGCCUGGCAGUCUACCACGCAAGAGGGACCAAUGUCAACAGACCAGAGUGACGCAACGACUAGGUCUUUCCUGGAAACAAUCUUAAGCCAGAUGGGAGAAGCUUUGAUUAGUCUUAAACGGCAGGACCUUGAAAAGGCAGAUCUUUAUCACGCUUUUGAAUUACCGACCGGGAGUGCCAUAACAGUUUUCGUUACAGUUUCACAGCUUGGAGGGGGGACUUGGCCAUGGUUGAGUGUGUAUAUCCUGGUCCUUCUAGGUUCUUUGUUGAGCAUCUUUCGUUGUUGCAAGAGACUUGAGGUUCUUGAGAUUGAUGUCCAGGACCCAUUGAGGGUUCUCGAGGUGACCUUAGCCCAAAAAGAAAUUAGCUUAAAAUCUCGAAUUAGGUUCAGAGAGAAACUGGAGGUCAUAUAA